AUGGUACUGGCAAUUGCUGCGACCGGCAGCCGAACUAAUCGCAGAGACAAUCCCGUCUACAUCGAAGUGCUCAAUCCGCCACCGACCUACACAAGCGGGGACUGCGUGCAAGGCCAGCUAAUCGUGGUGCCCACAUCACAACCUAAACGCAUAAGCAUAAGUCUAAAAGGCUUCUCUGCCGUUGAAGAUGCCCAUGGAAGAAGCGUGCAUCUUGAGUUCUAUGGACUUUCGCAAUUCCUCUACAUACACGAAAUUGCAGCCGAUGACUUCCACCUCCGUGCCAACAACGUGAGGGAUCCCGCCAGAGUCGAGCUGCCUUUCUCCUUUACAUUCGGAAACCAUGCUACGAUACCGCCUCCCGCUGGAUUCCCUUUACCUCCCACACUCAACGGUCCCACACCCACAAGUCCACGGGUCGUAUACCACCUAGAAGCGUACAUGGAGUCCGAUCUACCCGGCACACCACCAGUGCGAGUCCGACAAGAAAUCACCUACAUGCCACCAGCACCCCCCUACGACCGCUCCCUCCUGCAACCCGACCUAAACUUCGGCACCAAACUACCCAAACACUGCAGCGCAGCAAAGCUAAUCCGGACACGCAAACUCCUCCCCAACUACGGCGAAAACUCCAGUAAACUCGGCCGCUUCAAAGACAAACUAGCCGACAAAGAACUCCUCUUCGGCAUCGAAUCCUUUGCAGAAAUCCCUUACGCCCAAUUCAACGUCUUCGCCACUCCACCCAGCAUCCUAGUCAUUGGAUCCCCCCUCCCAGCCAUCGUAACAGUGCAACACACCAAACGCUCAGAAUCGCUGCCUUCCCCACCGGAUCUCUUCAUCCGGCGCCUAAAAGUCCAGUUAAACGCGAAGAUCAACGUCUUCCUCCCCAACGAAGCGUUCUUCAAACACCCCAGCAGAGUAACCAACCACACCGACCGCCGCACCAUCGUCCUCUGCGACCACAAAUACGAAACAGGCGACGGCGAACCCCUCUACGACGGCCUCAACCUCCUCGACGUGGCGAAUAUUGAUAUCGCAAAGGAUGGUACCAUAGCACCCAGCUUCACUAGCUACGGCCUGAAUCUAGAAUACGAACUCCAGAUCGAGAUCACAGGGCGAUGUGCGGAUAGAGAAUGGUCUGGUAUUGCGUGUGGUUACGGAGUGGCAGGCUGCACCAUCGAUUGA